CGGGCCACCGGUCAAAGGCAGUCUGUCCCGGGACGAGGCAGCGAACGCGGGUAGAUGCUCAAAGGUGAGAGCUCCCUGGCCACGGAGCGAGGCACACUCACGCUCGGGCCCUGGAGAGGAUGCUGAGCCCGACCGGGCCGAGCCCCAACCCCAACGUGCCGUCUGAGUACUGCUCCACCAUCCCCCCGCUGCAGCAGGCCCGCGCCGCUGGCACCCUCAACUCCCCCCCGCCCACUGUCAUGGUGCCCGUCUCCGUGCUAAAGCAUCCCGGCAAUGACGGUUUCCCACGGGAACAGAAGCAUGUGUGGUUUGCCGACGGCAUCCUGCCUAACGGCGAGGUGGCCGACACCACCAGGCUCUCUGUCCGGCCCCGCCGGGCCUCCCAGGAGUCCAGCCCCGUCACACCAGACCCUCCUGCCAUGCCCAACAAUAACGCUCUGGCCCCUCAGAAGGAGCCGGAGGCUGAGGCGGAGCUCAAGGUUGAGAGCGAGACCCCUGCGGUGGAGAGACGCGCCCCAACCGGCCCCUGGGACUACACGCUUCUGAGCGGCCUCACUUCCUGUGUGUCACGUGACCCCUGCCUGGUGCCCGACGACCCGGAGGGGCUGCCACCGCUACUUAUCGCCACGGGAGACGAUGAGGGAGGAGAUCUCCUGGUUGAGGAGCGGCCAGCCACCUGCCAGAUUUUGCUUCUUCUGGAGGAGGGAGGACCACGACCUCUGAUCUUUGUGAUCAACGCCAACCUGGUGGUCAACGUCAAACUGGUCAUGUAUGGCGAGCGGCGCUGCUGGUGUGUGAGCUCUAAUGGCCUGCUCGGCGUGGGCCAGCGGGAGCUGCUGUUUGUGCUGGAGUGUCUGACAGAGGAGAGCGCUCUGCCCCGGGACCUGUUCAACCUCAUCAGCUCCAUCUAUCAGGACGCCACGCGAGGGAAGUUUAUCGAGGACCUGGGCAACGUGUCCUUCACAGACAGCUUCCUGGGCACCAAAGACCACGGGGGCGUGCUGUUCUUCUCGCCCUCCUUCCAGCCCAUGGAGGGCCUGGCUGUGCCCUCCGAACCCUUCCUGUGCGGGGUGCUGCUCCAGAAGCUGGAGGUGCCCUGGGCCAAAGUUUUCCCCCUGCGCCUGCUGCUGCGACUGGGCCUGGAACACAAUGUAUACCCAUGUACGCUGGUGAGCGUGCGGUUCAGACAGCCCGUGUUCCAGGAGACUGGCCACACUAUCAUGAACCUACUGGCAGAUCUCAGGAACUACCAGUACAGCCUGCCGCUGGUGGAGGGCCUGCGGGUGCACAUGGAGCUGGGCAACAGCUACAUCCACAUCCCCAAGUCCAAGUUCCACGAGAUGCUGAAGGUGGUGAACUCCUCCAACGAGCACGUGAUCAGCGUGGGCGCCUGCUUCAGCACGGAGGCCGACUCGCACCUGGUGUGUGUGCAGAGCGAGGAGGGCAGCUACCAGACCAAGGCCAACAGCAUGCAGGGAAAGACCCGCAGAGUGACCGGGGCCAGCUUUGUGGUGUUUAAUGGGGCACUCAAAGCAUCGUCAGGAUUCAUUGCCAAGUCCAGCAUUGUUGAAGAUGGGCUUAUGGUGCAGAUUCCUCCAGACAGCAUGGGGGCGCUGCGACAGGCGCUGCGGGAUCAGGCCGACUUCCAGAUCCCGUGCGGGAGAGCGGACAGCACCGAAGCCCGCGAGAACGUCACCAUCCGCUGGGUGGACUGGAGUCCGCCUGUCAAUGCAGGAGUCACCAGUCCCAUUGAUGGCCGUUCUCUGGAGGGGGUGUCCAGUGUCAAGGUCCAGCAGGAGUCAGUAUUUGAGAGUGAUGGACGAACCAUCGUGUGCACUGAGGUCUUCUAUCUGCUGAAGAACGCAGACUGCCCCCUAGGGGCGGUAUUGUCCUCCUGCAACCAGUUCCAGCGUGAGAUGGCCACAGCUGGCAGCGCCGCCCUCUGCCCCCACCUCUCCGUGCUCAUGGCCAGCGGCAUCAACUGCAUCGGCCUGCGCAUCUCUACCGACACCGACAUGGUUGAGUACCAGGCAGGCUCAGGCGGUCGGCCACUGCCCCAACACUACAUGAACGAGCUGGAUGGCGCUCUGAUCCCCGCCAUUCACGGCGGAAGCUCCCGUGUCCCCCAGCACGCCCUCGACAUGGAGCUCGUCUUCUACAUCUCACACAGCCUGUGAGCUGGGAGUUGGUCCUCACGCCAUCUCAUGCCAUCUCUGAACAGGGAUCUGGUAAUCUGCAUCUCACCUAGCCUCCACACAAGACAGCUGAUGGGCAUCACCCAGCACCUUGAACAUUGAGAGGUCUCUGCAUUAUAUAUAGUCAAUGAAGAUGUAACUCAAGAGCUGAGGAUGAGGUUCCCUCUGGGCAGAACAGGGGUCUGUGUCAUAUUGGUAACUGGACAGAGGAGAAGAGAGGAUUUGGCAGGCCAUUCAGCACUUAAAGAUAGCGCCAGAGUUCUACAUUUCGUAUAGUUCCUGUAGAUCCCACACAGAAACGGCGGGUUAUGCUCAACCUUUGGACAUCAAGUCUUUAGGCUAACUUUGCCCAUCCUACAUGACCUUUGAACCUAAGGCUGACUAGCAUUUCAUAUGACAGCAUCCAAACAUGGAGCUGGUCUUCCACAUCCCAGAGUGUUUUGAUGAUCUGCUGGAUCUGAACAUUCCACUAAAUCAAGUCUCUAACCCAUUCUACACAAGGAUGUGGAGUUUUUGGAGAUUCCUUUUGUUUUUUUCGCCACAUCUGAACUAGGAGCUGAGCAUCAUAGUGUCCAGCACAGCAUCUGAAGGUGGAGCUGGUCUUCGACUGCAUGGUAUUCAUCCUCCACUCCACUAAGCAUCAGAACAACCACCUAGUGAUGACCCCAGUGCCCCCUCUCAAAGGUCAAAGUCAAAGGUGCUGUGGCAGACUGUGUGAGACUGUCUGGAAUAAGUGUAUAAGUGUACCACACAGCUCUGAUUAGUCAGUUGACCAAUGACAGGACAUUGAAAUGUGACUGACAGUUCUUAACAAACCUUCAGCGAAUCAGAAGGCAACCCCACCUGUGACGGUCACACUUAAAGAAUGGCGUGCCCAGUGAGAGGACUGUUCAGCACAUGACCGUCAGCCCUUGGACAUUCUCUGUCAGUGGUUGGCCCCCCCGUUCGCCACCGACAAAACAUGGACCCGAAGAGACCUCUUGUAUAUACAACAUCCCUGCUUCAGAGAACUCCAUAAAGGAUAAAGUUGUAAACAAAUACCAAAAACAGGGACACGGUUUGUGUUCUGGCUGUGGAUGUAAUACAUCUGCUCACCCUGUGCAGUUGUUGAAUGUUAGUACGCAGACUGUCCGCACAAUUUUUUUAAUUAAUUAUUAUUUGAAUAAUAAUUAAGAGAUGGUGGAGUGACGAUUGAAUUAUAUUCAAGUAAGUUACUUGACUGAAUGCUGGGCUCUGGUUGGGGCGUUAAGGAAUGUGUGUGUUCCUGAGGGUUAAUUGAUUAUAGUGCACAUUAAUACCUUUAUUAUUAAUGACAUGAAGAAGUCACUAUCCGUUUGUAACUUCAGAUGAUUACCCAAGUCCUCUCUAAGGCUUAGCACAGUCUUAUGUCCUCUGGUGGUCAUUUCCACAGAGCCUUUUCCCCAUUCUUCAGUGUGUGGGAAGAAGGAAUCGUUAUAGUUAUAUUAAGCUUUUAUGAAGCUUUAAUACUAUUUUUUUGAAGUUGUCCUCUAAUAUUGAGUGUAACUGACUUUUGAAAGGCCAUGACCGUUACCACAGUGUGCAGAAUCUGAAAAGAAUCCCAAUACCUUGACACUCCCGCUUUGGCUCUGGAUGCAGAAUGCAGCGUUUUGGUGGCCGUGGUUACCAUAUAGAUCUGCGUUUGUUGCAGACAACACUAAUGCCCAUCUGCUGCUACACUCGGUUGUUUCGUGAGCCCAACGUCUGUCUGUGUUUGUGUGUGUCUGUCUGUGUAUUUGUGUGUGUGUGUGUGUGUGUGUGUGUGUGUCUGUCUGUCU